ACAGCUGGAAAGUAAAUAAACGCCUAGCGGAAAUGAUGCAGGUCAACUUUUGGAAAACGUUUAAAAAUGAUAGUGUGGACGCGGAGCGUUUUUAGACGAAAACUCAGUUUUUCAAAUAUAUCUGGAUUAGUCAUAGACAGUAAAAUAAUUAGUGAUGUAGCCAGGGUCCUAGAAAUGCAACCUCCGGUAUUUGCAGGCAGGCGCUACUCCAGUUUCCUGCUCUAACUAGUGAAGAGGGAACCGUCAUGUAACGCGCACUGGUUUCAGUCAGGUCCUGUAAGCAGAUGUAAAGACUGCUCAUCUCUUACUCGUUUUCAUCGCUCGACUGAAACAAGCAACGUCUUCAUCAUGUCUGGAAGAGGCAAAGGUGGUAAAGGACUCGGGAAAGGAGGUGCUAAGCGUCACUGUAAAGUGCUUCGCGAUAACAUCCAGGGAAUCACCAAACCCGCCAUUCGUCGUCUAGCUCGCCGCGGCGGAGUCAAUCGCAUCUCCGGUCUGAUCUACGAGGAGACCCGCGGUGUGCUGAAGGUGUUCCUGGAGAACGUCAUCCGCGACGCCGUCACCUACACCGAGCACGCCAAGAGAAAGACCGUCACCGCCAUGGACGUUGUGUACGCGCUCAAACGACAGGGACGCACCUUGUACGGCUUCGGAGGAUAA